AUGACAGACUUUGGUUUACUCAACAGCUCGGGGACAGUGAUCACGCACCUCCCGGCCACCCCGUAUGCCGCAUUACGCGCGGCUUUUAGAAAAGCGAUGGAGAAGUACCCUUUUGCUAAGUCGAAGUCUGCCCUACUAGACACUUGCUACGACUUAAGUGGACUUAAAACGGUGUCGUACCCGAAGAUAGGGUUUGUAUUUGGAGGUGGGGUUACGGUGGACUUGGACUCGACAGGGGUACUGUUCCAGACGAGUGGUUUGCAGUUUUGCUUGGCGUUUGCCGGAAACAAGGACGAUAGUAGCGUCGGGAUUAUCGGCAACGUUCAGCAGAAGAGGCUGCAAGUGGUAUACGACGUUGUUGGGAGAAAGAUCGGAUUUGGCCCUGCUGGUUGCCCCUGAUUGAUUGGCUACGUAAAUCAUUGCUGAUGAAGAUUUCUAACUGGUGGUACUGCCAAAUAUGCAGCUACCGGAAAAAUAAAGUUGUUAGUAAUGAUCUGUUGUCUUUGUGGUUCCGGU